CUCGUUUUUCGCCUGGAUUGCAUCAGAGCAGAGCGGCGCCUGAAAAAAGCUGAGUGGCUCGGCGAAUAUAGCACUGGGUUGCACGGAACAUUGCUUAAACACUCGAGAGCAACCAAGCACGGCAGCCUGCAACAAGUCCGGCGCCUCAGGCCGCGUGCGCAGCCAGAUGAUGUCACCGCUGUGGCUGCUUUUAUUGGCGGCAACGAGCGCCUUGCGCCCCCCGGUUAAUCGGCCAGGAACAGCGCUCAAUUCCGCGACGCUGCCACUGCCGCAGCAAGAACCGCUACGCGACGCAACCCCCGCCACGGCCGUGCGCGACGACGGCGCCGUCGUAUUGGGCGGAGACACCGUCCUCGAGCCGGCGCGCAGUCGACGACGAGGCGCCACGAAACUCGCCGACGUGGAAACCGCAAGAGAAACGGCGCGCAACGGCGGCUGCUUCCUGAGCUUCUCGCUGCGCAAGGCGAAAUCGAAAGUGGAUGUGGACCUCGGUCUCCUGCCGCCGGGGCGCAUCUUAUCCAUAGCGCGAAACAAGCGCUGGUGGAUCACGCCGGCCUUUGGGGAAGUGCCCAUCGAGUCGCAGGCGGUGCUGGUGGAGGGCGAGGAAGAUGAUGACGGCCUCCGGACCUACUCGCUCGUCCUGCCGUUGCUGGCGGGCCAGGACCCGGCGCGCCUCCAGGACGGCCGCCACGCGUUCCGCUGCGCCGUGCGCGGCGAGACCGAGAACGACAGAAUCCGACUGAUCGCGCGCGUCGAGUCCGGCGAUCCUAAUGUGCGCGCGAGAGAGUUCGACGGCGCGGCCUACGUCGCCGCGACGAAAGCUACAGACGCGGGCUGCGUCCACGCCCUGCUGGAGAAAGCUGUACAAGCAAUAGCGCAGCGCAAAGGGUCUUUUAGGCCACUCUCGCGGAAAGCGCCGCCGCAGGGCAUGGUGCAAGGUCUGGGCUGGUGCACCUGGGACGCCUUUUAUUCGUCCGUGGAUCAAAACAAAAUCGAGGAAGGCUUACGAACACUGGCGGAGAUCUCGUCCGUGAGACGGUUGAUCGUCGACGACGGCUGGAUGAGAUUGGACAGGGACACGGACGAAGAUUUGAAUUUGUCAGGAGAAAUCCUGAAGGCCGACGAGAUGGUGAAUCCCGACAUCUAUGACGAUUCCGAUGUGUUGGCGGGCGCCAAGAGACGGUUCGCAGAAACCGUAGGGGGUAUGUAUGCGAAGCAUGUGGAGCGGGCCCCGGCGGAUUCGUUUGGAGUGCGUUUGUGGCGGCUCCUAGCCACGACGAUCCUGAAGGGCCCCCUCGUCCACUUCUUCGACGAGUCUACGGACUUUACGAAGGCCCUCGCAUGGCCGCCGGAGCCGCACCCGUCAAAAUUCGGCGGCGAGGCCGGGUUCACGGCCUUCAUCAAGGACACGGUGAAGAGCGAGUACGGCGUCGACCACGUGGCGUGCUGGCACGCUGCUGCCGGUUAUUGGGGCGGCGUCGAUUCUCCGGGAGCGGAAGUCUUACGAGCGAAGCCCACGGAUCAAUUAAGGAAGGUCGAGCCCGCCAUCGACUGGGACCCCGCGACCCUAGGUGGCGUGAAAACGCCGACGGACCCGCCGGGCAUCAACAAGGUCUACGAUGAACUGUAUGCGACCUUGAAGAGGUGUGGUGUGGAUGGUGUGAAAGCGGACGCGCAGUCGGGUGUGGGAGCUCUAGGUGAUGGGCAUGGCGGCGGUCCCCGAGCCGUCGCUUUAUUUGUUGGAGCCAUGGAGAAGGCCGGUUCAAAACAUUUUGCGAGUGACGAUGGUUCGAUCAGCGUGUCCAACUGCAUGUGCCACUCGACCGAGAACCUUUAUAGAUACUUCGAUUCAGCAAUAGCAAGGGCGUCGGACGACUUCUACCCCCGAGAACCGGAGAGCUGGCUCUGGCAUUUGACGGCGUGCGCGUACAACUCGUUACUCAUCGGACAAGUCGCGCUGCCGGACUGGGACAUGUUCCAGUCGAGGCACCCCGCGGCCUGGCCCCACGCUGCCGCUAGGGCAGCAUCGGGCGGCCCCGUGACCGUCAGCGACGCGCCGGGCGAGCACGACGCCGAGGUGUUGAGAGCUUUAGCGCUGCCGGACGGCACGACGCUCGGCGCCACGGGUUCCGCGCGGCUCUGCGCGGACUGCCUGUUUCGGGACGUGUCACACGAUGGUGUGACGGCGCUGAAACUCGCGGCGCCGAACGGGGACGAGGCCGCCGUGCUCGGCCUGUACAACGUCCAGGGCGGCCACUGGCGGCGGGACGAGCGGCGCUUCGCCUUCGGCGAGAACGCGACGCUCGCUUGCUCGUACAAACCGCGCGACGCGUCCGUGGCGUUCGACGCCUUUGAUGAGAAUGCGCGCUGGGCGUCUUACGAGUUUCGGUCGAAUGCCGUGCGUGUCCUCGGCGCCGACGACUCGGUAAAAUUGACGCUGGACCCUGCGGGCUUUCGCGUCGUGGCGCUGCGGCGCCUCCGCGCCUGGAAGGGCGUGGCCUACGCGCCGCUUGGUUUACUUGACAUGCUCAACGGCGGCGGCGCCGUCUUAUCUUGCGACGAGGGCGCGGACGGCGUCCGCGUCAACGCGCGCGGGCCGGGGCGCUUCGGCGUUUAUGCGGAGCGAGCGCCCGUCUCGGUGACGGUCGACGGCGCGCGCGUUGACGCGGCCUUCGCCGACGGCCUGGUGACGCUGGACCUCGCGGCCGCGGGGGAGAGGGAGGUGGUCCUGAGUUGGGAAUAACAACGAUUCGUACGA